AUGCAAAAACCACUAUCAGAAGAACAAUUGCGUUACGAAAAGCAUGGGCCACUACGUACUCUCUUACAACUUAGUGUGGGGCCUUUAAUUUAUUUUUUAGGUAUAGCCAUCCAUGAUGCUAUUGAUUUACUUUUAAUUUCAAAAGCUUAUGAUGAAAGAGAGGUUCAAAUUGUCGGUUUUGCUUCCACAGUCAGAUAUUUAUGUAUGGCGGCAAAUAUUUAUUUUAGUAUUGCAUGCGUAGCACGCAACAGUGGACUUAUUGCAGAAAACAGAUAUGAAGCUGCUGCCCAAGUUACUGCAGAUCUUUAUCGAUUAGCAUUUGUUUCAAUGUUAGUAAUCCCAAUAAUAUGCUAUUUUAUUGCAAAGCCUUUACUUAAAUAUAUUGGAUGUCCAGAUGACUCAAUUCCAGAUGCACAAAAAUAUUUAAUCCCAGAAUUAGCUUUUAUGCCACUAAUUUCGACAUUUCAAAUGUCAUGUGGACUUUUACAAUCAGAGGGCAGAUCAGUACUUGCUGGAAUUAUGCAAUUUACAGCAUUUUUCCUCAAUUGCGGAUUUUUCGGUCCAAUUUUGCUCUUUGGAGUAAAAGUCGCUUUCAAAUAUGCAGGAUUUGCAUUCGCAUUAUCUCAAUCCGUGCCUGGACUUGUACUUACGUUUCUAAUUUUUACACAAAAAUUCAAAUCGAUUACAUCUUGGAAAAAUCUCAUUAAAAAGCCGAUUUACGAAACCUAUGUUGGGUUGAAAAUUGCAUCUCCAUACAUAUUAAAUGUUAUUAUGGGACUUUUCCCUCCUUUAGUCGCAAUUAACUUUCUCGUUACAGCGGCCUUUGCAACAGGUGUUGGAAUACCAUGUGGAAGAGCAUUAUCUGUUUUCUUCAAACUACAGCCAAUUGCAAAUUGCUUUUCAAUUGCAUUUGGUCAAGGUUUAUUAGGUCCUGGAUCGUAUUCUUUCAGCCAAAAGAACAAUAAGCGAGUAAGAUCUCUUUUUUAUUAUGCACUUACUAUCACAUUAGUUCUUCAAUUUAUUUUUGUUCCAAUUAUUGUUUUUGCUCCUGUAAGUAUCGCAAAAAUAUGGCUCCACGAAGAAGAUACUCUUAACUAUGCUAAGAAAUUACUUCCAAAACCAUUCUUUACAAACUGGACAACUGCGUGUAAUGAGGUUGUUACUGCACUCUUGCAAUGCAUGGGAUAUGCCUGGGUUGCAAUGGCUCCAAGUAUAGUCAGAGGCAUUUUUUAUAUAGUUUACUCAUUAAUCCUUUAUUACACGAACAAAUUUGAUUCAAUUAGGAUGAUUUACACAUAUUGCCUUAAUGACACAACAAUUCUUAUUCUUGAUAUAAUUAUUGUCAUCAAACCACUAAUUCAACUCUAUUCAGAGACAACAUCGUUAGAUGAUUCUAAAUCAGAUAGUAAGAAAGAUGACUCAACAACACCUACAGAUAUGGAGGAUGAAGAUGAUAAGGAAAUGAUAUGUGAGUCGCUUUAG